AUGGCGCUCUCCGAACACGCAGCGUCGCUACUAGCCACUUUUUCUCUCCUCACCGCGACGAUCAGUUACCUCAUCAGUCCCAAUCGACAAAAAUCAUUCUUUCAAGGUGUCAAGUCGAACAUCUGGUUUUUCUCUCCGUUCCUGUCCGGUGCAAUCGCCACGAAUGUAGCCAUCCUGUUAAUCGGCUACAGAAUCUUGAACCUCGCCAAAACACAUGUCGGCCUAGCGCUCCUCGUACAGAAUGGUUUUCCACCUGACCUCGGAUAUGGGUUCUGGUCAUGUUUCGCAAGGCGUGCCUUUCUCGUCGGGGCAACACUCCCCCUGUACAUGAUGCUGCUGGCGUCAGCGAAUGAUCGAUUGAUCCAAGGGAUUACGACGACAUUAAUCGCGCAGACCGUGCUGGCUGAGCUUUCGACGUUCCACUGUGUGACUUCGUAUGAAGUCCGUGGAGGCUGGCCUCACCGUGUACUGGUGGAAGGAUCCGUCUUUUCUGCCGAUCAUGUUGAGAACGAGGCCAAAGCGAGUAGAUCUGAGAAAAGAAACGAGCAUAGAAACAUUACACCGACCCCUGCUCUAACAGAUAAUCUCUGCGAUCGCAUACGCCAGCUCUCGCCAUUAGCAGCCGGGUCUGAUAUCACAUCUGCCUCACAUUUCUUUCUUCUGGAGCAAACUCCCGAAUUGACAAAGAUUUUUGAUCCAAGCGUUCCGGCACAGUGGAUGUGUGGACACUGGCGUUGUUUACUUUAUGUGAUCUUGCACAUAGCUGUGCGAGCAAUCUGGCGGUCUUUGUCAUUGAUUGAGCUAGUGUCGACCACCUGGCUUUUACACUGUGAACUGGAGCCAGUAACGCUCCAACUUGCCGGCAAGCUGUUAGAAGGCAAUAUCAUCAAUGGUGUGCUCUCCACGCUAUACGACUUGUGUACUGCUUUGUUCAUAUUCAUAUUCGCCUACAUUGGCUCCACACUACUAGUCAUCCACCUUUUUUUUCACACGCCUCUGAUCACCGAUCUGCCCAACCGAAUCCACAUCCUACAGCGGAUGCAGCAGAAAUUCCAAGACCUUGCCGAAGCCGCUCCAAUCAUCCACCAGGUCUUGAAAGCCUUAUUGAUACACUCAAUACCUGUAAUUUCGAGUUAUUAUGGUUCUCUAGCCCUGGUCACACGGGCCAUAGCGUUGACACAGGAAAAGCUCUCGUGCAUCAUUGAGAUCAUAGUGAUUCCAACCCUUUACAUUACGGUAUACUGCCUUGCGGUUGGAUCGAACCAGGCUCUCUCGGAGCCAAAUGUAGCCCCCGACAGCAACUGCCAGGGCACCCAAGACCCAGAUACCACUGUCUCGAGCUCGCCACACUCCGGUGAAAAGGAAGAAAUGCCCUGGGCCGAAUCCAAAUUCUAUCAAACCCCGAAGGAACUUUGUUCGGCGAUAUUCCGAUUAGCUAUUGUCGUCCCUACCUUGACUGUCUGGAUUUUCCUUUACCGUUAG